UCCUUCAUUUAGCAAAACUUGAUGUCUACUCAGUGCUAGACUUCGGUAAUGCAAAGAUCAUAAAUCACUGUCCUAAAUACCUCCGCCCAGAUGGGUCACAGAUUUCAAUACAGGUAUGAUAAUUGCAAUAAUAAAGGCAGCCAAAGGGCUUACAGGCUCCCAAGUGGGAGCCAACUAAUUCAAGGGCAAUUCAGAAUGGCUUCAGGGAUGACAUGAUUUAUGAACGAGAUUUUGAAGGAUAAGUGGGAGGAGAGCUAGGGCACGUGGGAAGAGGCAGCCCCAAGAGUUUAGAUAGGCCUGGGUUUGCCUAGAACUGGCGGGUGGGGGGAGGGGGGAGGUGGACGGUCACACGCGACAGAUGGGUGAAAUGAGAUCCAGAGGUAGGGACCAGAUCCUGAUGGUCAUUAGCUAGGCAAUCUCGAAUGCCGAUCCUUAUGGCAGUCUCCUUUCCUCUGCCACCUUUUAAAUUGUAGAUGGCCCAGUGAGGAGAGAACCCGGCCCGUAACAACCCAUGAGGGCCUCCCAGUGGUCCCGUUGCAGGGUAUUCCGAUGGACGCGCUGUACCUCAGCCUCACAACCCGACUGCGAUACGGACGCUGGGGAGAACUCACGAAGGGGAACGGCUUGCGCGCCGAAACUGGGGCAGGAGAGAUGGGAUUUGCCGGAAUACGGGUGCCUCUCUGCCAUCCCAGGAGCGGGGGUUGUGAGGAAGGGAGAAUGUCUCAGGAUGUCCUUCCGGGACGCCAAGCGCACCCCAGUGAGGAGUAAAGCUAGUUGACACCGGAUGUGUUUCCUCCCAGGCUAAGUCCACCUUCCGGCCUGGGCCGCCGCUGCUGCGGAAAGCUGGGUUCUGGCUCUCUGAGUCGAUUGUGACCAUGGCUGCUGAAUCCGAUGUCCUGCACUUCCAGUUUGAACAGCAAGGAGAUGUAGUCUUGCAGAAAAUGAAUCUCUUGAGACAGCAGAAUUUAUUUUGUGAUGUGUCAAUUUAUAUUAAUGACACCGAGUUCCAGGGGCACAAGGUGAUUUUAGCUGCUUGCUCUACUUUCAUGAGAGAUCAGUUUUUACUCACACAGUCAAAACAUGUCAGAAUCACCAUCUUGCAGAGUGCAGAAGUUGGCAGAAAACUGUUGCUCUCUUGCUAUACUGGAGCACUUGAAGUUAAAAGGAAAGAGCUUUUGAAAUACUUGACAGCUGCUAGUUACCUGCAGAUGGUUCACAUUGUGGAAAAGUGCACAGAAGCUUUGUCAAAGUAUCUGGAAAUUGAUCUUUCUAUGAAAAAUAACAAUCAACAUACUGACCUGUGUCAAUCCUCUGAUCCAGAUGUUAAGAAUGAAGAAGAAAAUUCAGAUAAAGACUGUGAGAUAAUUGAAAUUUCAGAAGAUAGUCCUAUAAAUAUAGAUUUUCAUGUAAAAGAAGAGGAAAGCAAUGUUUUACAGUCUACAGUAGAGUUGACAUCAGAGAGAAAGGAAAUGAAGUCACCAGAGCUGUCUUCAGUAGAUAUUGGUUUUAAAGAUAAUGAAAUUUGUAUCCUCCAUGUGGAAUCUAUUAGUACUGCUGGUGUAGAAAAUGGGCAGUUUUCACAGCCUUGUACCUCUUCAAAAGCAAGCAUGUAUUUCUCUGAAACACAGCAUUCACUGAUCAAUUCUACGGUUGAGAGCAGAGUGGCAGAAGUUCCUGGGAACCAAGAUCAGAGCUUAUUUUGUGAGAAUACUGAAGGAAAUCAUGGUACAGUGAAUGAGAUUCAGAAUCUGGAGGAUGCUUAUUCACUGAGGCACCAGUGCCCCAGGUGUCCUCGAGGAUUUCUUCAUGUUGAAAACUACCUGCGCCACCUUAAGAUGCAUAAGCUGUUCUUGUGCUUACAGUGCGGGAAAACAUUUACGCAAAAGAAAAAUCUCAACCGGCAUAUUCGAGGGCACAUGGGCAUACGGCCCUUUCAGUGUACUGUGUGCUUGAAGACAUUUACUGCUAAAAGCACACUUCAGGACCACUUGAACAUACACAGUGGAGAUCGCCCAUACAAAUGCCAUUGUUGUGACAUGGAUUUCAAGCACAAAUCUGCCCUCAAAAAGCAUUUAACCUCUGUCCAUGGCAGAAGCAGUAGUGAAAAACUACCCAGGCAUGAUCUCAAAAGGCAAAAUCUACUAUAAUUAGAACCACACCUUGCUACGUAAGCCUUAUAUAAUUCUGUUAGGCAAGUUUUUCUACAGAAAUGCAGCAUCUGUUAUAUUGCAUCCCCCCCCCCAUCUUUGGGUCUUAAUUUUGGUCUGCCUACACAUGUUAUUCUUUCUGAACUUCUACUAACAGUUCCAAAGUGUGGGAGACAUGAUAAAGCUAAUGGGAUGCUGCCUUAUCUCAUAUAGUAUAUGUAAGUCCCAGUGGUAUAUCUAGAGAAAUAAUGUUCCUCUCUUAAAUAUUCUUGAUUCUAGUGACAGAGGAUCCAGCAGUAUUUCUAGAUUCUGAUUUUGACUCUCUAGAUAAAUAAUGUAAAUGUAAAAUCCCAACCACAUAAUAAUUUUAAUGAAUUAGGAUAACAGGAAGAGAAAAUAGACUUAAAAACAUGCUGUAAUCCAUUAUGCUUUGUAGGACUAGUGAUUUUUUUUUUUUAAACAAACUGCGGUUGACUUCUAAAGCUAAGCACCAAGGUACUUGUUUUAAACUAUAAGGGAACACAUUUCAAAUUCACUUGGGAGUAGUAGAAUUUCCUUGUACAUGGGCUAAUAUUCCUUAAAAUAAUGGUUCCAUGAUUUUUUUAGUAUACAUAUUUUAGAAAUGAUUAAUCAAGCCCAAGUUUCUUGAUUUUAUUUCAUGCAGUUGUAUUUAAUAAUUUUUUGACCAGUGAAAUUAUACCACUGGCAUGAAGCUCUGAAAAUUUCUUUUAGAAAUACCAACUUUACCAAAGAUACUCUACUGUUUCCUUUUUAAAAUUUACUUCAUUUUUAUUUUUUAAUUAACAUAUACUAAAACUGACCUUUAUUUUUGGUCUACAUUUUCAUGAAUUUUAACACAUGUAGAUUUGUUCAACCACCACUGCAAUCAGGAUACAGAACAUUCCAUCAUCCCUAAAAACACCCUUAUGAUGCCCCUUUAUAAUCAGCUCCUCCACCUAUCUUUAAAUCCUGGCAACAGUUGCUAUUGCUAUAAUUUUGCCUUUUUUGGAAUGACGUGAGUGGAAUCUUGUAGUAUGUUCCCUUGUGAGAUGAUUUUUUUCACCACACAGAAUGCCAUUGGAUUCAUCCACGUUGUUGUGUGUAUCAGUAGUUCAUUCCCUUUUUUACUUUGAAUUGGCAAUAAAUACUAUCUUGCUGCCACUAGAUGAACAGUUUAAAUAUGGUUGGCUAUUAGUGUUUUCUUAAUUAUUAACUUUUUUCAUUUACAUUAAGCAAUUUUCAUUUACCACAUGUUGACAAAAACCCUAACCAUCCCUAGAGUUUUAUUCUGUAUUUCCAGAAAUGUGCCAAAAGCAAAACCAUGACUGUAUGGUUAUUUUAGUGAGAGUAAUUCUGUUUGUGUUAUGAGCCCUUGCUCUCUGCUAUCCCUGUGUACAAAUAACACAAAACUUUUUGUUGUCAAAGCAAAGAUUAAAAUCUAUUGCAGGGCAAAUCAUACUCUAAAAUGCAGGAACUACUUUUAGUUAAAGAAGGCUGACUGGAUGCAUCUCACUUUCAAGUUCUAUUCCUCCUCUACUCACCUCAGCUUUAUGUAGAAUUUCUGUUAUACUUAGGUUCUGAAGCCCUUCGACAUUUUAAAAUGUAAUAUACUUUGUACCAUUUGUAAGAAUUUUGUGAUUGAUCACAUGUUGAUAGUUAUAAAUGUUAAAUAUCCUUUUUGUGAUACUUUUGUGAAAAACAUAUUCUCCAUAGAAUUUUAACUCUGGGAGACACUUUAAGGAAUCCACCUCUCAUCUUUGAUAAGAAAACCAACUUCAUAACCCCCUCCCUCCCCAUGUCACUUGUUAGUGACAUUGGACAGGUCACCUCUCUAUCAAUUUUUCUUAAAUUCAUGUGUAAAACAGUAACUUUGAACUUGGUAAUUUGUAAGAUCAUUUCCAGGUCCAAAAUUCAAUGAUUUUAUACUUAAAUCUCCCUGAGUUUCCAAGAACAGAGAGGAAAGCAAGAGAGGAGAGUUUUGUGUCUCUAUGAAUGUUGCUAUUUGAGUGCUACUUUGGAGACAGAAUUUUUCUAAAGUAGUGUUUUUCUUCCACUGGAGAACAUGAUAGUGCAGCAUUUAAUUUUCUUUCCCAUUUGACCUAUGAUUGGCCACUUCCAGGUAUGAAAACAUUUCCCUUUCAGAAAUAGUUUGUGCUUGAAGUACUUUCCUUAUUUUUGUUUCCUAGGAUGAAAUUUUGUGGGGAAGGGAUGGUGAAGGGAGGGAAGGGUAAAAGAAUAGUAAUAAACUGUUUUUUUAGGAAUUGGUAUCUACUAUCCUUGAUGUUUGAAAAAAAUUAUGGUUGAACUUUGUUUAAGUUUUAUGUGUGCCUUGUAAGAUUCUUGUGACAUUUUUUGUAAGCACUUUGAGAUAUUUGCUUGGGGGGAAGGGUUGUUCUGUGCAAGUGAUGGUUGUUAUUUAUUUUUAUUUAUUCCUGUCCAGUAGCACAGAGUGAUCUCAGAACAUUCCUGGGACAGUUUCUGUUUGCAUGAUGUAUAUAAACAGUUCUGGGAAAAUGGAAUCUUUUUAAAAAUGCAGGUAUGGCAAAGUAAAGUGUUGAAUUUAUUCAUUUAAAACAUUCACUUUUAGUUGUUUGUGUUUCUGAUAUGAUGGGGAAAAAUGCAACAUGUUUGAGUUCAGCCUCUUCAUUUACUGCAUUUAUGUAUAAAGGAUCUUGGAAAGGUAGUUGUUACUUUGGUAUAAGAGAAAACCCGUGCUGUUUUUCCUUGGAUGUAACUAUUCUAUAUCUUUACGUAAAAAAAAAUAAUAAACUGGAGAUGGG